UCCAUUUUCUUGACUGGGUUAAUUGUUUAGUAUGCUUUCUAUAUAUCUGCUCAGGCUUGGAUGAAAACAAAAGGAACUAAAGCACUUCAGACAAAGCUUUUAUAAACUUAGUAUUUAGAUCAAUUGAUUGAUAAUUUGUGAAACAUAUUUGAAUAGAAGUAUAACCAUCACUUAUUGAAUGCCUCUAUUAAUGUUGAAGUAGAUAUUAUUCGAGCAACACAUGGUUGGGAGAUUGACAAUUUUGGCCUCUUUUUCUGUCGAGUUAUAUUUUGUUGUGGGUUAUGAAAUGAUUUUUUGGGAUUGUAUAAAUCUUCUAAUUCUGUUUCUAUGUUUUUUGCAUUUCUCUCAUCAUGUACUCACUGACAAGUACAUGCACAGAAAACUCUUUUGAAAACUCUCUCCAAGUUAACUACUUUGUGAUUUUGGGGGAUCUAACAAUGUCAGCAUCAUCAAUUUCUUCUGCAUCCUCUACUAAAUGUUACUGUGAGGUUGAAGCCACGAUGAGAUAUGCAAAUACUGCAAGAAAUCCAGGACGACCCUUCUUAGGGUGUCCAAAGUACAAUACACAGGGAUUACCAUAUUGCAAGUUUUUCAAAUGGGUAGAUAGAGAUCAGAUGGGAGAGCUUGAACUUCGAGAAAUGACCAUCCAAGCAUUAUUAAGGAAGCUGAAAGAACUUGAAAAAAAAUUGCUUGAUGUCGAGAAGAGGGAGAUUGAGCUAGAAGGGAGGGUGGUUGAGAUUGAAAAUAGAGAAGCUGAAAUCAGGCUCAGACGCACACAGCUUCCCCUUAGUGUUUGA